AUGGAGUAUUUUCGUUCACGUGCUGAACUUUUUGGUGCUGAAGAAGCUAAGGGUGAUGCAGCAGCACAAUUAUUGAAUGAUGCAAAACAAUUAUGUAGAAAAACAAGAGCCAAUAACAAACAUCAAACAGCAUUAAAGCCUGCUAAUAAACAAAUGUUUUAGGUAAAAAUUUCAUGUUUAUAUAAACCAUUGCAUCUAAUGAUAGACAAAAACCUAUGUCUUUGAAUAUUAGUAUUCGUACAGAUGUAAAUAUGCCUUUAAAAGUGUCAUAAUCUUAUUUUUACAUUAUUCAACAAUCACAAUGAUGAUUAUUGAUUUGUUGAAAGAACAAAUUGUUAGCUCUUGUUUACACUGAGUUUUUGAUAUAUGUCCUUUUAACUAAGAGAAAGAUAAAAACAAAAAUGAUCUCAUUCACUUUACUCAGUUUAUUGUUCUAAUAAUAUAAUAGAUUAUAAUUGUAAAUUAAUUCGGUUAAUGAAUCACUAUAAAUUAAUCAGAUAGUUAUCGAGUUAAUAAGAACUUUGAUUUUGUCACAAAUUAUUUCUGUUAAACUUAUGUACUUACCAUUUAUCAUAACGUAGUUAUCUUAUGGUAUUGUUUUAUAGAAUUAUGGCAACAAUAAUGCUGAACACGAUGAUGAAAAUGAAGAUCAAUUCUUCUAAUUUUAAAAAGAAAAAGAAUACUUUUUUUAUACAAGAUUGUAAAACCAAUUUUAACUUGUAAAGAUUCUCAAAAUGGAACGUUUAUAAUUUCAAGUGAAUUUAUCUAAACACCUAUCAAUUAUUUUAUUCAUUAUCAUGUAGCUAGAUCCAUCAAAGCUUUCUUAUAUCCACUAUAACUAAACUCACUAGUUAUUAUAUUUUAUCCUCAUUUUUCACAAUACACGAUAAGACCCAUAGAAAUAUAUUUCGAAGGUUUCUUUUAGAACUAUUUUUGAUUUGGUCAUUGGAGGUAGGAUAGUAUUUCUCUAAAUGUACUUCAUUCUAGACAGCGGAGAAGAUUUUCUUCAGUAAGAGUACAUCGAUACUGCUUAAUAUAUGGAAAAACGAUGUUUUUAUUACUCGUGAAUGAUAAAUAAACUUUUAGAUUUGUAAAAGAUCAUACUUCUGAUUUACAAAGUUUGAAGACUCUGAUUAUUUGAACAAUGUGAUUGAUCAAAUGAAGUAACACUUUUUCUCUUAUAGCAAAAGAUAGGAAAUUGUCUUUUAACUAAAAGAAGACAAUUCAAUCCCUGCAGUAUUAGAGUUCUAUCUCAAAUAGUACCGUUAAAAUGUUUGUGCUGACAAUUUCUUAUGAGGAUGUGGGUGCGGUGAGUGUGGGUGCUAUUCCUUUUGACAUUUACACUCACA